AUGAUAAGUAAUCUUCAAACUUUCAGCAAUGUACCCGAUUUUAUUCAUUUCAUCGAAUCAUCAUCUUGUGAUAUUCUUAUAUUUUUGAUCAUUUCUGGUCAGCUAGGUGAAAAUCAUGUUUCAAAUUUACAUGUUUAUUCAAAAAUAUGUCACAUCUAUGUCUACUGUGUGAGUCGUCAAAAACAUGGAUCUUGGAUUGAUAAACAUGAAAAAAUUCGUGACAUCUAUAUCAAUCGAGAUUGCUUAUUAAAACAAUUAAUGGCCGAUGUGACACUUUAUUCGAAAUCACUGUCAGCUCCCAUUACACUUUUUAAGCGUGAUGAAUUAAUACAGAAGGAAACAUCAAUAAGAAAUUUAAGUAAAGAAAGGGCUAUAUUUAUCUGGUAUCAAUUACUCUUCGAAAUUGUGCUAGGAUCAGCGCCAUCUAUCAAGGCUCGAAGAGAAAUUUUGAAUGAAUUUAAACAAGCAUAUCAAAAUAAUGCGAUAGAAUUACAAAAGAUUUCUGAAUUUGAAUUGAAUUAUUCACCUAAAACAGCUCUACGAUGGUACACACGGAAUUGUUUUCUAUUUCGUUUAGUGAAUAAAUCGAUGCGAACACAGAAUAUUGUAGAAAUUUAUAAAUAUCGUUGGUUUAUUCGUGAUUUACAUGAACAACUUUCUCAAUUACAUUCGAUUCAAUCAGCUACAUUAGCAUUUUCAAAAGUUUAUCGAGGUCAAUUGAUAAGUUUCGAAGAAUUAGAACAAAUAAGAUCAAAUAUUCAAGGUCUUAUUUCACUAAAUACUUAUUUUUCCACAUCGAUUAACAAAGAUGUCGCUGAUGAAUUUUGUGGUGGAGGAUUGGCACGACCCAAUUAUGAAUCGAUUGUUUUUACCAUCAAUAUCAAACCGAAUGUGACAAUGAAACCAUUUGCUAGUAUUCGAGAAUUUAGCUAUAUGCAAGAUGAGAAUGAGGUAUUGUUUAGUGCAGGUACCGUUUUUCGUAUAAUCGUUGUUCAUGAACCAAACAAUGGAAUUUGGUCGGUUGAGCUUGAGCUUAACAGUGAUAUUGAACAAGAUUGGGAUGAAUUUAUGCGAUAUAUGCGUACAGAAAUGCUUGAGCGACCGACACUAUUUACAAUGGGCAACUUUUUAUCAGAAAUGGGAGAUCUUGAAAAAGCCGAGCAAUAUUAUCGAUUGUUAAUCAAUGAACUCGAGCAUGAGAAUGAUAUGGGUGCUAUUUUAACAGCCAUUGCAGGAGUGCACUAUCGGAAAAGUAAUUAUUCUACUGCUAUUCGCUACUGCGACGAUGGCUUGAAGCGACUCAUCAAUUUACCAGAAACUCAUCCUGAUCUCGCUACGGCAUACAAUCUAAGGGGAAUGAUUCAUUAUGAUAUGGAUCAGUUAGAUGAUGCAAUGCGUUGUUAUGAACAUGCAUUUCACAUACAUGAACAGACAUUGCCAUCGAACGACCCAUUCAUUGCCUCGGAUCUCAAUAAUAUUGCUUCUGUUGAUUCGAAAGCACAUCGUUUUAAUCAAGCAUCAAAAAGAUUUGAGCAAGUUCUAAAGAUCAAACUAUCUAUUUUACCAAAAGAUCAUCCUAGUAUUGCUCGUACGUAUGUCAAUAUGGGUCGGUUGUAUGCUGAACAAAGAAAUUGGAUAGUAGCUCUGAACUUUUACGAUAAAGCAUUAGUGAUUCAACAGAAAAUUUUACCUAUCACACAUCCCGAUCUUAGCAUAACAUAUGUAAACAAAGCUCAUAUUUUUAUUGAACAAAAAAACUUCGAUAUUGCAAGACAAUUCUGUAAACAAGCUCUUGAUAUUCAAUUGAUAACUGUUCCAUUGAACAGUAACUAUUUGGCAAAUACGUAUAGUUUAUUAGCAACUAUUGAUAGUCAAACAGGUAAACGUAUGCAAGCAUUAUAUGCCUUAGAGAAAGCUUUACAAUUCGAACAAGAUUGCCAUAUAUCAUGGGAAAGAAUUUGUCAUCUACAGAAUCGAAUAGGGGAUAUUCACAUAAAAAAUGGUGAUUAUCAAUUGGCUUUGAAAUCAUUCAUGGAAGCACUUGAUUCAAUUCCUGCGACAAAGCGUGAUCUUCUACGUUUCUCAACGUGCAAUAAUAUUGCUACUGUCUAUCAUAAUACUGGUAACUAUAGGAUGGCUCUACAAUAUUAUCAUCAAUCUAUGGAUUAUUUGAAUACUAUGAGUAUUCCGCCAUCGAAUGUAAAUUUACUUCUUUUCUAUCAGAACAUUGGUUUGAGCUAUUCAGCUACUGAACAAUACGAUUUGGCAUUAGAAUAUUUUGCUCGUGUGUUCAGUCUUACUGAUGAAGCAUCUAUUAUUGCUAAGAAUUUUUCAAACAUGGGAGAUGCUCUUUUUCAUAAGCAGGAUUAUGAUGAAGCUUUACAAAAUUAUGAACUGGCACUUAAUCAUUAUCCCGUGAAUGGCAGUGCUCGAGCUGCUACAUAUAACAGCAUUGGAAUGACUCAUCAGUUGUUAGAAGAUGUUCCUCGUGCUCUGAACAGUUAUCACCAAGCAAUAUAUAUUCUACAGACAAUAGAAUGCACCAAUAGGGAUGAAGAAUUGGCCGCAGUCUACAGUAAUAUUGCGAAUGCAUAUUUGAAAAUCGGUAAUUUAUCCGAAGCAAAGAUUCAUUUUCGAAAGCAACUCGAAUACGAGGCGGAUGAACAUUCGAAACGUGAAGUUGAACAGAUUCUUGCUAAUCUUUGA